AUGCAGCAGGCCAAAUUUACCAUCAACGGGAAACCGUACGAAUUUUCUGCACUUUCUUCGGAGGAUCUACCGGUGGACACUUCGCUGAACACGUUCAUACGAACCCGGGCGAAUCUGAAGGGGACUAAGUUCCUCUGCCUCGAGGGAGGCUGCGGAGUGUGCAUUGUUCAUAUCGAAGGAACGCAUCCGGUAACCAGGCAACGGACCGCUUUCUCCGUCAACUCGUGUCUGUUCACGGUGUUGUCUUGCCAUGGCAUGGACGUGCGAACGGUGGAAGGCAUCGGUUCGAAGCUGGCCGGCUAUCAUCCAGUUCAGGAGCGGUUGGCCCAGAUGAACGGCACACAGUGUGGCUAUUGUUCCCCCGGUAUGGUGAUGAGUAUGUAUGGGUUGUUGGAAGCGAAGGGAGGCAGUGUGACGAUGGCUGAGGUGGAGCAGGCUUUGGCCGGCAACAUUUGCCGCUGUACCGGUUACCGCCCUAUCCUGGAUGCGUUAAAAUCGUUCGCUGUGGACACACCCGCUCGGGCACUUCGAUCGUCCACCGGUCAAUGCUUGGCCGAUAUUGAAGAGCUUCCACGCUCCUGUGAUGUACCCUGUGCUAGCGGUAGUGAGCCGCCCUGUUCGGCGCGCACUUGCUUCGAUCAACCCGUCUCGGUACGUUGCCCAGACAACCGCCAAUGGUACCGUGUACGGACGGUGGAUGAAGUGUUCGAGAUAUUGGCACCCUUGGAACCCGAUGCGUUUAUGUUGGUGGCGGGAAAUACAGGCCACGGAGUAUACCGUAGGUCACCGAAGCUGCGUGUCUUUGUGGAUAUACGCAACGUGGAGGAGCUGCAUAACUACUGGAUUGGGAGCAGUCUAAUCGUCGGUGCCAACGUACCGCUUACCGAGUUCAUCGAGAUACUGCGUGAAGCCGCUAGAAAAGACAGGCGGUUCUCGUACUGUAAGGAGGUAGCGCAGCACGUGGAAGACGUAGCACAUCCGGCCGUCCGAAAUGUUGGUACGAUUGCCGGAAACCUGGUGCUUAAGUAUCGCCAUCCGGAGUUUCCCUCAGAUCUGUUCGUGUUGUUUGAAGCCCUUGGCGUUGAGAUGACCAUCGUCGGAGCAAAAGGAUCGAUUCAUAAGCUGCUACCGGAGCGGUUCCUUGGAUUCGAUCUGCGGAAGCGCAUCAUCCUGAAUAUCACGCUGCCCGCGCUGGAUCCGGAGGUAUCCGUGUUCCGGUCUUACAAGAUCGCACCGAGAGCCCAAAACUCGAAGGCGUAUGUAAACGCUGGCUUUCUGGUGCGUCUGUGUCCGCGCAAAGUGAACGUCGAGUACGCGCGUCUCUGCUUCGGUGGCAUCGAUGCCAGUUUCUGUCAUGCCACCGCCACGGAGGAGUUCGUAAAGGGUAAGAAUCUGUUCAACAACAUCGAUCUACAGGAAGCUCUGGCCACCCUGAACGGUGAACUACCGUUCAACGAGCAGCUCCGACUACCGAGCUCUUCGUACCGGCGCCAGGUGGCUGUUGGACUGUUGUAUCGUUUCGUGCUGCAGCUCUCACCACGUGAUCGUCGCGUGGCAAACCCACUGGUGCGUACCGGUGGUAACCCGCUGAUCAGACCUCUCUCGCACGGUAUUCAAUCGUUCGACACCUAUCCUUCCAACUGGCCACUGACCCAGGCACUGCCGAAGCUUGAGGCACUUCACCAGACGGCCGGUGAGUUGGUUUACCUGAACGAUCUACCAUCUCGGCCGGAUGAACUAUCCGCUGCCUUCGUCCUAGCGACCAAAGCCCGCUGUAGCAUCACGGGCAUCGAUGCCGGCCCCGCCCUUGCCCUGUCCGGUGUUGUAGGGUUCUACUCCGUCACUGAUCUACCCGGUGUGAACGAUUUCGGUGGGCUCAAGGGUAGCAGUAAUACGACCUUCCCCUACAACAACGUACCGGAGCUAAUUUUCUGUGAAGGACGUGUGCUCUACCACGGUCAACCGAUCGGUGUUCUAGUGGCCAACACCUUCGCGAGGGCUCAGGAGGCGGCCAAACUGGUAGUAAUAACCUACGGACCACCGGAUGGUCCGAUCCUACCGACGGUCGCAGAUGUAAUGGCCGUUGGUGCGACGGAGCGGAUAGCAACCGUUGAAUCGGAUGUCAUCGGGCGCAACUAUCACCGGGCCUCUGUCGAUCGUCCAGAAACUAUGCAACUACGCGGAUCGUACGAGUUCGGGAGUCAAGCCCACUUUGCCACUGAGCCUCACGCCUGUCUGUGCAUACCGACUGAAGACGGACUGGAAGUGUAUAGUACUACCCAAACGAGCCAACUAGUACAUCUAGCUGUCUCGAAGGCACUGGCGAUACCUCAGAAUACGGUCAACGUGAUCGUUCCUCCUGUUGGCGGUUCAUUCGGUGGUAAAAUGACUCGUUCAGGAUUAAUAGCAUGUACAGCUAGCUUAGCAGCUCUUCAUACGAAACGCCCCGUCAGAAUGGUCGUUCCGUUCGAGACGAUCAUGCAAGCGAUCGGGAAGCGGAUCGGUGCGCACUGUGAGUACAGUGUCCACUUUGAUGCGCAGUCGGGCCGGAUCGUAAAGUUGCAGAACGAGCACACGCAAGACUUCGGUUGCUCGAGCUACGAAUCGAUGGCCAUACUAUUCCGGGAGGCAUUCAAGAACUGCUACAACGGCACGGACCUUUGGCGUUUGCAGCUGAAGGGUGCAGUUACGGAUGCCCCGAGCAAUACCUGGCUACGAUCGCCAGGUACCGCGGAAGCGAUCGGCACCAUCGAAACAAUCAUGGAGCAUAUUGCGUUUACCACCGGGCUCGAUCCACUGGCCGUCCGGCUAGCGAACAUGGAUCCGUCGAGCAGAAUGGCCACUUUGCUCCCUGCCUUCCAGCGGGAUGUCGAUUUCCUGGUACGGAAGGCGGCUAACGAUCGCUUUAAUGAGACCAAUCGCUGGAAAAAACGGGGGAUCUCGAUUGUACCAACGGCUCACCCCAUAACAUAUUUUGGAGGAAUAAAUGCCUGGGUCUCGAUCUAUCACGUGGAUGGUUCCGUGGCCAUCACACACGGUGGCAUCGAGAUGGGGCAGAGCAUAAAUACUAAAACGGCCCAGGUGGCCGCUCACAUACUUGGUAUCCCGCUGGCCAAGAUCUCGAUGAAGCCACACUCGACCGUUUCCUCUCCGAACUCGUUCAUUACCGGCGGCUCAAUCGGUACCGAUCUGGUUACUUACUCGGUGAAGCGUGCCUGCGAGAUGCUGCUUGAGCGCAUCCGACCCGUACGGGACGAGAACCGGACCGCUUCGUGGGAGGCGACUGUACAGACAUGCUAUCAACGUGGUAUCGAUUUGACCGCUUCCUACUUUGUCCGCCGCUCGGACAUCCAGCCGUACACCGUGUGGGCCCUGUGCUGUGUCGAGGUAGAGCUCGAUCUUUUGACGGGUCAGGUGCAGUUGCCUCGGGUUGACAUCCUGGAGGAUACGGGCGAAAGCAUGAAUCCGCUGCUGGACAUUGGCCAGAUUGAGGGAGCCUUCAUGAUGGCGAUGGGGUUGCAUCUGAUGGAGGAGCUACAGUACGAUCGGAGUACCGGAGAAUUACUUAAUUCCCGUACUUGGACGUAUAAGCCACCAAUGGCACGUGAUAUUCCGAUCGAUUUUCGCGUACGCUUGUUGCAGAAGAGCUCCAAUGCAGCCGGUGUGCUGCGAUCAAAGACAACGGGAGAGCCGGCGUACAAUCUGGGAGUGACGGUGGCGUUUGCAUUGCGGUACGCGCUUUGGGCCGCCCGUCGGGAUGCUGGAUUGCCGCGAGAGUGGCUUGACCUAGGAACAUCACUGACAGUGGAGAAGAUCCUCUCCCUCACUGGCAAUACGAUCGAUCAGUUCGUGCUUCACUAA